AUGCAUAACAAAAUACAAAAUGCCUCAACCAGGCAUAUCCUUACCGUACUACUAUUUUGCAUAGCUUGGUAUGUGAUCUCUUCGAGCAACAAUGUCAUCGGCAAAAUGGUAUUGAACGAAUUCCCAUUUCCAAUGACCGUGACAAUGGUGCAGUUAUGCAGCAUAGCCCUGUACAGUGGACCAUUUUUCAACCUAUGGCGUAUAAGAAAAUAUCAAAAUAUUUCAAGAGGAUAUUAUUGGCGAUUGAUUAUUCCAUUAGCUUUGGGAAAAUUUUUAGCCUCUGUCACAUCACACAUCUCCCUUUGGAAAGUGCCAGUUUCCUAUGCCCAUACUGUCAAAGCAACAAUGCCGUUAUUCACUGUAAUCUUGACACGUCUGCUGUUUCGUGAAAAGCAACCUACUUUAGUCUACCUCAGUUUGGUGCCAAUUAUAACUGGUGUUGCAAUUGCCACCUUGACUGAGAUUUCAUUCGAUAUGGUUGGUUUAAUAAGUGCGCUCAUAUCGACAAUGGGAUUUUCUUUGCAGAACAUUUUUUCCAAAAAGGUACUCAAAGAUACCGGCAUGCAUCAUUUGCGACUUUUGCACUUAUUAGGAAAAUUGGCUUUGUUUAUGUUUUUGCCCAUUUGGGUAUUUGUAGAUAGUUUUAAAGUAAUUCAACAUCCAGCUAUUACUGGUUUCGAUUAUCGUGUGAUAGCAUUGCUAUUCACUGAUGGCGUACUAAAUUGGCUGCAAAAUGUUAUAGCUUUUAAUGUGCUACAUUUAGUCACACCACUGACUUAUGCGGUUGCGAGCGCAUCAAAACGAAUUUUUGUUAUAGCUGUAUCACUAUUUAUUUUAGGAAAUCCCGUAACGUGGUUAAAUUGCGCGGGCAUGACCAUGGCCAUAUUCGGUGUAUUAUGUUAUAAUCGGGCUAAACAAGUGACCAGAGCGUCGGAGACGAUAUUACCUCUAACCCAAAAUCAUCGUAUCAAAUACGAACCCCUCAAAGGAAAUCUCGAUCCCUAUUAUCAGGGCGCAAUGACAAGUAACCCCAAUGGUUUUGCUAGCAAACGUGCUGAAAAGCAGUAUACUAAUUUAAAUCCCGUACCAACAAAUAGUUUAUUAUCGAAUGGAAAUGUGUUUCCAAAUGGUAGUACGAUGACGACGACACGUUUACUUUUUGUUUAAUUUUAAAUUGUACUUGUUUGAUAGUUCGUAAGAGACAGUAUACACGGUUAGGCAAAAUGUACUAUGUAGCUAGAUAAAUAAUAAUAAUAUUCUGUUUAUACAUAUUUAAAAAGAAAGAAAGUGCAACUAAAAAAUAUGUAUGUAAAUAUAAAUAUAAAAGGUAUUUUUCUAAAUAAUUCUGAAAAUGCAGUCUCAGGACGGGCAUUAAAUACAAAAAUAUACAUAAGUAUAUACAAUAAUAAGUAAUAAUUAACUAAUUAUGUGUAUAUAUUUAACAUAAUUUUCCCAGCGAGAUUUAUAGCAUGUAUGUAAAUAAAUAAAAUAUGAUUCAUAAACAGGGCCAAUUUGUAAGAGUUUGUACUAAGAUUACUGUUAUUUUGGUAAAAAAUAAUAAUUUUGUUUAUGUAUGUAAAAUAAAAUAAACAAGCAAUAAAACAACGUG